UUGAACCCUCUGAGUCUCAGGGACGGAGCUUCUAAAAUUAUUUCGUAGUGCGAAGUGAUACUUCUCACUACUUUACACUUUUCUCAUUCAAUCUUCUACUUCAAGGUAACUUUGAUUCCCCUCCGGUUUGCGCAGAACCAUUGUUUUUCGCGUUGAAAUAGUUCAAGAUGGUUGAACGAAAGCAGUUCAAGACGAGGUUAUGUGUGCUCUAUCAGAGAGGACGCUGUACGCGCCAAAAUUGCUCCUUCGCACAUGGGAAUGCCGAGCUUAGACGAUUCCCUGCCUCAUAUAAUGGUAGGAGAGACUAUUUAGGUAAUGACUUGAGGGAUAAACUUGAGAGAAGGCAUUUAUCACCUCGAAGGUACUCACCAGCUCAAGAUGCAAGGAGCCGCCAGACCACUCGUGAAUUCAGUCCCUCAAGAUCUUUGGAGAAAAAAAGUGACAGAAGACAUAGGAGAAAGCAGGGCAUUACUCGCCAAAGUGAUAUUUCUGGAAGUUUGAAAGCCUCAGAUAGAAUUCAAGAUCAAGUUAAAGAAGGAAAAUUGCUUUCCUCUGGUUCUAGAAAUACUCUUGAAGAGCAGCUGAAGAAAGUACAUUCAGAUAUCAACACUCUUGAGAACCGAAAAUUCCAACUAGCAGUCUACCUAGAUGAGAGUGUUCAAGAAGUGGAUAGCCUUAAUUCUAGAAUUCAGGAACUUGAGGCUCAAUUGUGCAAAGAGAAUGAGGAGUGUAAAAGAAUUACUUCAAGAAUAAGGAAGUUUGUUAGAGAACACAAUCAUAACUCACAGUUACAAGAUGAACUGAAGAGGUCACAGGUCCGACUCCAAAGGUUUGGAGAUCAGCUUGUCUCGGACAUUUCUAGAAUUGGUGCCAAUGAAGAAGAUUUAAGCAUUGAUAUUGUCAGCAAUGGUGAGAAUACUGGUCUUCCUGCAAUCAUCAAACAUAAUGUGGAGCAGAAUGAUGUAUCUCCCCACAUGAAAAGACUGCAUGUUGAACAAGAUGCUGUAGAAGAGUUGAAACAAGAUAGAUUGAAAGAUGGGCAUUUUGUUGAGACAGCAAGAACCAGAAAACGUUCUCGUUGGAAUUUGGAUGCUGAAUUGAAUGACAGGGGUAACGAGGGUUUUGAGGCCCCAAACAACGGAACUGAAGUUAAUAGGCCCCCAGAUCUUGAAGGCAAGCACAAGAGAGGAAAAUGGAAUUCUUUUAACAAUUUUGGUUCAGAAAAGUUGAAGGAACCCAGGAUUGAAGUACCAUCAACCAGCAUGGCAGCUCAUGUGGUUGAUGAGGAAGUUGAGAUUGAACUUGAUGAUGGAACUGAUAUCAAUGAAACUGCAAACACAGUGAAUGAGAAUGGGGUGGCAUUUGAAGUGAAGGGCGUAUCGCUUAUGUUUCCCCCAGCUUUGAUUCCUCGUACCAAUUAUUCACAGUAUGAGGGAAACGACGAGCAAGUGGAUGUGGGUGUGGAUGGUCGUGAUGAAGAGGCAGCGGGGGCACAUGUGGAUAUAGUUUAAUUAAUAUUAGUGAUUUCUAACUUCUUUUGGUGGCUUAAAAGUAGUUGUUGAAAGGGUCAAUAUCUUGAACAUAGUAUUUUCAAAUGGGAUAGGAUGCAAGAUAGUGGAACAAGAAAGAAGUAACUUAAAUAUUUUUUCUAUGUUGGAUGUAAUGAUACAUUUUGUAUUAGUGGAUAUAAAUUGUUAUCCAAUGCUUUCGUACAUGCCAUAUUUAUGGUUUU